UUAUGAAUCGAAAACGGAACAAUCGGAGAAUAAGACGCCACUUACUAAAUAUACGGAUCGGCGCGGCGCCCAGCGCAGACAACGUAUUGAUAUUUCCAGACUGCACAAUGAGGAUUAUUGGAUCAUUUCCCAUCACAAGGAUGAAGCGGAAGAAAGAGCGCGAUGUACGGAAAUUUAUUAAGAACCAAGUGUCCGGUUACUGCAGCAAUAAAAAGGCGAUGUGUGUAGUUAGUGAUUCCACCAGGAGGUGGCGCUGCUGUCCCGGGCUCCCGUAUACUUGGAGGACUCACAUUUGGCUGGUCCGGACCCCCUCCCCGCGGGCAGCACAGGGGGCGCUGAGUGUUUGUCUGUAAAACGCAACUUGAGUUUUGAAGCAGCACUUGAGGAGCGCAAUGAAACCUGAAGAAGCUGCAGAGAGGCUGAGACAGCACAAGACCCCGGAGCUGGCAGAGCAUCGCACCCCCCGGGACAGCAGAGACCCCCGAGCUCACUGCUGCAGAGCCGGACACCAGGAGCAGAGCGCAUACAGGAGUGAAGAGCCGUCAUUAUACUGAUGUGAUUGGCAGAAAUGCUGCACGAUCCGUCUCUGAUCCUCCUGUUCCUCUUCCUCCUGGAGGACGUCUCUGCCACCGACUGCCCCGAAAACUGCAGGUGUGAGAAGGAAUCGAACUACUGCGUCACCUGCAGGAACCGCUCCACCCUGCCUCCGCUGCCCCCCGACACAGAGGUCCUGCGUUUGAUGGAGACGCGGAUCCCAGUGAUUCCUAGAGGAGCGCUCGCCAGCGCCCCCAACAUCAGCAGGAUUUUUAUAACGUUGGACAUUGAACUGAGGAAAGUGGAAUCCGGAGCUUUUCAUGGACUCAAAAAGAUCACUGAAAUAGAAAUCCGAAGUCUUAUGAAUCUGAACUGUAUCGAAACCGGGGCCUUCCAGGACCUGCCGAUGCUGAAUUAUCUGGGCAUUCUGAACACCGGCCUCUCCAUUUUCCCCGAUUUAAGCAGAAUCCACUCUCUGGUUGGCAGCGUCUUUGUGGAGAUUGUAGAAAACCCUAACAUGGCGGUGCUGCCCGCCAACGCGUUCCAGGGCCUAUCCAGCGGAUUCCUGACCCUUAAACUCUACAACAAUGGAUUCCGCGAACUGCAGGGCCACGCCUUCAACGCCACAAACCUGACCAUCGUGGACCUGCACAGUAACGUACGUCUGGGUGGGCUCCACCAGGAACUCUUUAUGGGGGUCGUCUCUGGACCCACAUCAUUGGACAUCUCCAACACGGCCGUCACCAAUCUGCCCACCAAAGGCCUGAAGUACCUGAAGCAUCUGCUGGCGAAGAACGCCUGGUACCUGAAGAAGCUGCCCCCUCUGAACUCCUUCGUGCACCUGGAGACCGCGGACCUGUCCUACCCCAGUCACUGCUGCGCCUUCACCAACUGGACCAAGAAGAAGAGUGACCUGGAGUCUUACUUCUGUAACCAAACUUAUCUGCACAGCAGUCCCCAGAAGCGAUCAGUCAGGACUUUUGUUGGGAUUGGCCCAUAUUACCAAGACUACGUGGAUGGAGAUCCAGACCAAACUGAGAACACCAAGUCUACAACCUUCCACAGCAGCAGCCAUUUCUCUGUCUUCUUUGAGGACCAGGGAGAUGAAGACGUUGGAUUUGGGCAAGAGAUCAAGAACGUGCAGAAGCAGCACCACACGUUUUCUGACAGUUAUGAUAUGUACGAUAUUUGUGAUGGUGGCGAGAAGCUGGUGUGCACACCCACACCGGACGAGUUCAACCCCUGCGAGGACAUCAUGGGCUAUAACUUCCUGAGGAUAGUGGUCUGGUUCGUCAAUCUCUUGGCCAUUCUGGGCAAUGCCUUCGUCUUGUUCAUCCUCAUCACCAGCCAUUACAAGUUGACCGUGCCCCGCUUCCUCAUGUGCAAUCUGGCAUUUGCAGACUUCUGCAUGGGUAUCUACCUUCUUCUCAUUGCCUCAGAGGACCUUCACACUCGCUCUGAGUACUACAAUUAUGCCAUUAACUGGCAGACCGGGCCAGGAUGUAACACAGCAGGAUUCUUCACUGUAUUCGCCAGUGAGCUCUCCGUGUACACGCUGACAGUGAUAACACUGGAGCGCUGGUAUGCCAUCACGUUUGCCAUGCGUCUGGAUCGCAAGAUCCGCCUCAGACACGCCACCUUCAUCAUGCUGGGUGGUUGGGUAUUUUGUUUCUUUUUGGCGCUCUUACCAUUGGUCGGGAUCAGCAGCUACAUCAAAGUCAGCAUCUGUUUACCGAUGGACACAGAGACUACGCUCGCCCAAGCCUACAUCAUCCUGGUUUUGAUGCUCAACAUCGUGGCAUUCAUCAUCAUCUGCGCCUGCUACAUCAAGAUCUACAUCACCGUACGAAAUCCACAUUACAAGUCUGGAGACAAAGACACGAAGAUCGCCAAGCGCAUGGCUGUCCUGAUCUUCACCGAUUUCCUUUGCAUGGCGCCCAUUUCCUUCUAUGCCUUGUCCGCCAUAAUGAACAAGCCGCUUAUAACAGUUUCCAACUCUAAGAUCCUCCUGGUCUUGUUCUACCCUCUGAACUCCUGUGCCAAUCCUUUCCUCUAUGCCAUAUUUACCAAGGCUUUUCGGAGAGAUGUCUUUAUCCUCCUCAGUAAGUUCGGCGUCUGCGAGCAUCAGGCGCAGGUUUACCGUGGACAGACGGUUUCUGCUAAGAACAGCAGCGGCUCGUUCCGGCAGAGGAGCAGUGAUGGCACUGGGCACAUCCCGGCAAAUAUUCCAGAUUUUGUGAAAGAAACCCAAGACGUGGCAGCAAACCAAGAAGCGCUCCUGGAGGACUGCGGGAUGACAGUGUUGUAGUGUCUAUAGUGCGGCUGCUACUAACCUGACCACCAGUAGAGACUUGACAACCCCUGGUGUCCACUAGUGACCACUACCUACUAACCAUGAAGGUUUAUUCACUGCUGGGUACAUGGACCAGGUAUGAGCCGUGAACCAGAACCUGAAGAGCAUUUCCUAGAUCCUCGAAUGGCCAAUUUGUCCAGUUAUGUAGCAGGGAGGGAAGGAUCACUGCAAAACUAGGGGCAUGUGCUGUUCAGGGUGUGGGAAAGCUGGGUGACAACAUGGGCUCCUAGAGAAGACAGGAGGUUUUCCCAGUCCACAUAAUAGGUUAAUCUCUAUAGCAAUGUAACCAAGAGGGUGAAAUCGGGAUUACUGACGCAAAUAUAACUAAGAACUGACGACGCAGGAUUUGUGUUUCGUUAAAAUGUUAAUGUUUAGAUUUUUUUAAGGGAAAUACAUUUGUUAAUAAUACUUAUUUUUUAGAUUCAGGGCAUUGAUGGUGAUGUGUAUAUGACCAUAGGUGGGUCAUGCGCCAAUGUGAUUCCUAUAUGAUAUGGGGGGGCGGCAGACGAUCAGACGUGCUCUGCACAUACACAGGACGCUAUGGAGGCGGAAAGUGAAGACGUGAUCCCUUCUGUAAAUAUCCCAUAUAACCGCACAAAAAGAGGCUAAAA